AUGGAAAGAAGCAAUCAUACGGUGACUGAGUUCAUUCUGGUGGGUUUCACCACAGACCCAACGAUGCAGCUGGUCCUGUUUGCGGUAUUCCUUGGUGUGUACUCUCUGACUGUGGUAGGAAAUACCACCCUCAUAGUGUUGAUCUGUAAUGACUCCCGGCUGCACACACCCAUGUAUUUUUUCAUUGGGAAUCUGUCUUUUCUGGAUCUCUGGUAUUCCUCUGUCUACACCCCAAAGAUCCUCAUGACCUGCAUCUCUGAAGACAAAAGCAUCUCCUUUGCUGGCUGUGUAUGUCAGUUCUUCUUCUCUGCUGGGCUGGCAUACAGUGAGUGUUACCUGUUGGCUGCCAUGGCUUAUGACCGCUACGCGGCCAUCUCUAACCCUCUGCUUUAUGCUCAGUCCGUGUCAGGGACAUUGUGCAUCUGUUUGGUUACAUAUUCCUACACUGGAGGUUUUGUCAAUGCAAUAAUACUCACCAGCAACACAUUCACAUUGGAUUUUUGUGGCGACAAUGUCAUUGACGACUUUUUCUGUGAUGUCCCACCUCUGGUGAAGUUGGCGUGUGAUGUUAAAGAGAGCUACCAGGCUGUGCUCUACUUCCUCCUGGCCUCCAAUGUCAUCACCCCCACGAUGCUCAUCCUCGCCUCCUACCUGUUCAUCAUCGCUGCCAUCUUAAGAAUUCGCUCCGCCCGGGGCCGCCGCAAGGCCUUCUCCACCUGCUCCUCCCACCUGGUCUCUGUCACCUUGUACUAUGGCUCCAUUCUCUACAUCUAUUCUCGCCCAAGUUCCAGCUAUUCCCUUGAGAGGGACAAAAUGGUGUCCACAUUUUAUACUGUGCUCUUCCCUAUGUUGAACCCCAUGAUCUAUAGUCUGAGGAAUAAGGAUGUGAAAGAGGCACUGAAAAAACUCUUUCGGUUAACACAUUCGGAAGUCUGA